ACGAACAUUCCUCUUUAAGUCAACCAAUUUGCAGGUGUAGUAGAAAUUUGGAUAUAAGAACAUUGAACCACUCGCAAAUAUAAGCAUGUUUAUCAUGGGAUCCAUGCAAGAGAAUGACGUGAACGCUUCUGUACUUGGACUUGUCAACAGCGACACUUACUCCAGUGUCACUUUGUCGACGUUUCCUGGUCAGAACGAGACCACAACGACGGCAGUGUUCAACGCCACAACGUACGACGGCGCCAACGGUACGGAAGGAUUCCAGGGCUUCGGCCCUCAAAUAAGGAGUCUACAGCACCUGAUAACAACCUCUAUUGUUCUUGGGCUUAUGAUUUUAGCCACCAUUAUCGGUAACGUCUUUGUGAUAGCAGCUAUUAUUCUGGAGAAAAACCUACAUAACGUGGCCAACUAUCUGAUCCUGUCGCUCGCCGUGGCUGACCUCAUGGUCGCUACCCUCGUCAUGCCUAUCAGUGUGGUGAACGAAGUCAGUACCGUGUGGUUCCUCAGACCUGAGAUUUGUGAUAUGUGGAUUUCGUUUGAUGUUCUUUGUUGCACUGCUUCCAUUCUUCAUCUUGUGGCCAUCUCGUUGGAUCGUUACUGGGCUGUCACAAACAUCGACUAUGUAAGAAACAGGAGCGCAAAGCGCAUACUCUCCAUGAUUGCGCUGUCAUGGAUGGUGGGCAUGUGUAUCUCGAUUCCACCAUUGUUUGGGUGGAAGGAACCGGCAAACAGUCCCGUUCUAACGGGCACGUGCCUCAUAAGUCAGGAUAUCGGCUAUACUGUCUUCUCCACGUUCGGUGCCUUCUAUGUUCCAACUCUCAUCAUGAUGAUAAUUUAUGCUAAAAUAUUCCAAGUCGCCCGAAGACGUAUUCGCAAGAAGAAUUUUAAUAAAAAAAGUUUGAAUAAAGCUGAGGCGAAAAUCAAGGCGGAACACUCUUCUAAGAGCAAACUGCUCUUCAACUCGCCCAAACUCAAUGGUCACAAUAGCAAUGAGAAUACGGAGAUAACUGUGGCCGAAACAUCUUGCAAUGGAAUGGAGAAUUACAAUGAUAAGAAUGAAAACUCUAAAGUUAACACGAAUGGAUUCGAUGACGCAAAAACGGCAAUGCUUCCUAAAACAGUAAACAAAGAGAAAGACAAACCAAAGAGGCAGAAAGAAAAGUUGGAAAUGAAAAGAGAACGAAAAGCAGCAAGAACUCUAGGCAUCAUUACGGGAGCAUUCAUUAUUUGCUGGUUGCCAUUUUUCAUCAUCGCACUCACUGCUCCGCUGGUCGGCAAGGCCGCUGAGAAUAUUCCCGCAGACCUAAUGAGUUGUGUACUUUGGCUGGGUUAUGCUAACAGUUUGCUGAAUCCGAUUCUUUAUACAAUAUUCAGCCCAGAAUUUCGAAACGCCUUCCAGAAAAUUUUGUUUGGAAAAUACUCCCGAAAGUAUCGAAGAUGAAAUUCAGAAACAGAAUUAUCCCAUUCGUAAGUGCUGUUUUAGGGAAUGAAGUGACAAGCAGAUUAGACAAUUUUGUCUUCAAUCAUAUUCUUGUGGAUUUAAGUUCUUGUCGGAUUAUGCAGAAUAUCGGAACACUGGUGUACUUUUCCGGUUAUAUAAUUAUUGGUUCAAAGAGCAUGUGAUAUGAGCAAUGAGAUAGUGUAUGACAGACGGUCUGGACAUGUUAAUAUAAAGACAUGACGGUCAUAAAAACUGAA